AUGACGGCAUUUGAGGAGUUGGGAGUAAUUCCUGAGUUGCCAACACCAAUUCAGUGCGAUGCCAUUCCAGCUAUUCUUGGUGGAGGUGAUGUGCUCAUAGCUGCAGAAACUGGUAGUGGUAAGACUGGAGCCUUCUCACUGCCCGUAGUUCAAAUAGUAUGGGAAAGACGUAAAGAGGGGUCGAAUUCUGGAGGAAAAUCAUGUAAGUUGUCUUCCGUUGGUUUUGUUUUGAGCCUUUCAGUAUUUCUAUCAUAUUAUUCUUCACAAUUUUAUUAUGCAUGCACAUUCUUGUUGGUUGCUGAUCGUUUUCAUCUGCAUUUUUUUUAUUGCUCCCUCUAUGAUGUUCAUUUUGAAGCCGUUAGUUGGCGACUGAACUUGGCGGAUCGUGCGAUGGGUUUAUCAUUAUCUCAAGACGGUUUAUCUUGUGAAAGUCGUGUUCCAAAGGCUUGGUAUGGCUCAAGAUGCAUGGGAGGCGUUCAUACCAAAGGCAAGUAUUAUUAUGAGGUGAAGAUUACACGUGAUGGUUUGUGCCGCAUCGGUUGGUCAACGUUAAAGGCGUCAUUAGACCUGGGAACUGAUGACGAGAGUUUUGGUUUUGGUGGUACUGGCAAAAAGAGCACCCAGCGAAAGUUCGAAGAUUAUGGCGAGUCCUUCACAACUGGCGAUGUGAUGGGGUGUUAUUUGGAUCUCGACAAUGGAAGGAUAUGGUGGUCAAAGAAUGGCAAAGAAUUCGGUGUAGCCUUUCGAUUGGAUGCGAAAUUCUCCAGUCCACAAUGUGCAUUGCACCCAGCUGUGCUGGUGCAGAACUCUUCGCUGGAACUUAAUUUUGGCGCGACUCCAUUCGAUUUCCCUCCGAAAGAGGGUGUGAUUGCCGUUUGCGAAGCCCCAUCGUCCCUUACAGAAUGGCGGGGCCUAGAAACUGAAAACGAGAAAAGUAGCAGGUCGGCGGCUCCAGUCUGCAUUGUGCUCGAGCCAACUAAGGAAUUGAUCGAGCAAACUCACGAAAACCUGAUAAAGUUUUCAAAGAAUGUCAGCGACCCGAAGAUACGAUGUACCUCAUUGGCCGCUGGUGCCAGCAUGGGACAGUUGCUUAGCGAGCUCGACCGAGGUGUUGAUAUUGUAACAGGAGGUGUAGGACGUGUGUUGGACAUGAUUGAAACCCAGAAGUUAUCUACGAGUGGAUUGAAUUUCAUUGUAAUUGAUGAAGCAGAUCAAAUCCUGUCCUCAUUCAAACCGCAACUGGAACGACUGCUGUCCCGUGUCCCGACUGUGGCUUCGAAUGGAAUGCGUUUACAAGUGAUAGCCUGCUCGGCAACUCUUCAUAAUCAACAGAUCACUCAGUUCGCGGAUAGGUAUAUGAAUUUCCCUCAAUGGAUCGAUUUGAAAGGUAUGGACAGUGUAGCGGAGACGGUACAUCAUGUGGUGUGUAUGGUUGACGCAGAUGGAGAUAAGCAGUGGAUUCGACAUAUGCAUAGUCCAAAUCACCUCAAGGAUGACUUGGUGCAUGAACGCGAUCAGAUUAGGUUGAAUACAAAAGAUAAGAAUACGAUUUCAUUGGGAACGAAGAUUCUCAAAGGGACUUAUGUGCUAAAGGCAAUCGAAGCGCUGAAAAUGGAACACUGUAUCAUAUUUUGUCGAACGAAACAGCAAUGUGACGACAUGGAGGCUUACCUAAUCAGGAAUAAAUACGGGGCUGUCUGCCUCCACGGUGACCGUUCCCCAAGAGAGCGAUCUCAAAAUCUUCAGGAUUUCAAGGCUAAGAAGAAGCCCUUUCUGGUAUGCACAGAUGUUGCUGCUCGUGGUAUCGAUAUUAGUGGUGUACCGUUUUUGAUUAAUGUUACACUGCCGGAUGAGGCUGCUCAGUAUGUACAUCGUAUUGGACGAGUUGGUCGUGCGGAAAGAAUGGGCUUGUCUAUUUCGUUAGUGUCGACCCAUGAGGAAAAGGUAUGGUACCAUAAGUGUGGUAAUCCGAAGUGUCGUAAUACGAAUGAUCUUUCACAAGGUGGUUGUACCAUCUGGUACAAUGAACCUAAACUGCUUGCCGAUAUCGAAGAACACCUUGGACAGACAAUCGCCAUCGUCGAUUGCGCUUUCCAAAUCCCUGUAGACGAAUUCGACGGCAAAAUUGUUUAUGGUGCUAAGCGAACUAAUGGUAUGCCCAUCCUUGCAGUUGUUUUGCAGGCUAUUUAUCAAUCAAUAUUCGGGGAUGAAUAUGGUUAUAUCGGUUAUACCCACGGUUCGCCCAAAUUAUUCAUGACGACGUUCGAAGGCCAUGCCCCUCAGUUAGCUGUGUCCGUGGCGCAGUUAGCGGAUUUGGAAAGAGCUCUACAAUCAAGCUAUCUGGCAUCUGUUGGAGAUAGAUUCCGUAAGAUUGUCGUGACUUGA